UAUCGGUGUGCGCUGUAUGAGCUCGUCCUCGUAGACGGGACGAACCGAUCUUUUUUACAUCCGUUAUUUAUCACGGUGGUGCGCGUUCAAGGAUGCAAGGACGUCGAUAGAACAGACCUGUUACUUUGUUACAAGGACGUCGAUUUUCUUCCAGAAUGAAGAAGAAAAACAGCAUGAGCGAGGAGCUAAACGGUAAGAGCCUCGAGGGCGGCUAUGUGAACCAUGCGCUCAGCGAGUCCGGAUUAGAUCUCACACACCCAGAGUCUCGUCACGGUACCCCCAGCGUCUACAACAGAGGACAGCGUGACGUCCUUGGCUCCUCUGACUUUGUCUUGGUAGAGGAUCCGGAUACGGGGGACGAGGACAGAAAGCAGAAGGGGGACGUAUUGAGCUCGUAUGGCACUCAGGUCGCAAGGCGACUCAGGAACGUCUGCACCAGAAAAACCCUCUACAAGAGAUUGCCGAUCCUCAACUGGUUGCCGCGAUAUAAUUGCCAGGACGCCCUCGGAGAUCUCGUAGCCGGCGUCACUGUUGGCCUCACCGUCAUACCUCAGUCACUCGCCUAUUCGAAUGUCGCAGGUUUGCAGCCCCAGUAUGGGCUUUACGGGAGUUUCCUCGGAUGCUUCUUCUACAUAUUUUUCGGCUCGUGCAAGGACGUGCCGUUUGGACCCACUGCCAUUAUAUCUCUACUAACUUAUCAAACGGUAGGACAUCUGCAGGAUCCAGAGAAGCACGCAAUCCUCCUCUGCUUUCUGUCUGGUGUCAUUGAAUUAUUCAUGGGAAUUUUCGGACUCGGUUUCCUUAUCGACUUCGUAUCCGGCCCAGUGAGCUCCGGAUUUACGUCCGCGGUAGCCCUAAUUAUCGUUACAUCCCAAAUUAAGGAUAUCCUGGGGAUUCCGGCCAAAGGCUCGACUUUCCUGCAAAUGUGGCGGAGUAUCGGUGAGCACGUGCACAAUGCCUCGAUGUACGACGCAGCUCUCGGUGUAUCUUGUAUAGGUCUUCUUUUAUUACUUCGAGCGUUGGCUGCAACGGCCAUAGGGACGGAAGAGCAACAGCGACACAGUACAAAGCACAAAAUAUUGAAUAAAUUAUUUUGGCUUAGUGGCACCUCGAGAAACGCUUUACUUGUUAUUAUUUGCGGCAUUAUAGCCUACAAUUUUCCUAGCGGCCAGUCUCCCUUUCAUCUCAUAGGUCAUAUUCCAAGUGGAAUGCCGACGUUUCAACUCCCUCCGUUCGGAUAUACCAGUGAUAACAAUAAUACGCUGUCAUUCAUCCAAAUGUGCUCUAAUUUAGGAAGUGGCAUUAUGGUGUUGCCGCUCAUCUCGCUAAUGGAGGAUAUUGCUAUCUGCAAAGCCUUUUCGAAUGGAAAAUCCGUGGACGCGACCCAAGAAUUGAUCGCUAUUGGGAUCUCGAAUAUUGGAAAUUCGUUCGUUCAAGCUUUCCCAGGCAGCGGAGCUCUUAGCAGAAGUGCGGUGAGCAAUGCCUCUGGAGUACGAACACCAAUGGGUGGCAUUUAUACCGGCUUUCUAGUGCUACUGGCUCUAUUCUUCUUGACUCCGUAUUUCUUUUUUAUUCCGAAAGCAACGUUGGCUGCCAUCAUUAUUGCCGCUGUCAUUUUUAUGGUCGAGGUAAAGGUUGUUAAGCCAAUGUGGAGAACGAAAAAGUCAGACCUCAUACCAGGAGUAGGGACUUUCAUUGCUUGUUUGGUAUUACAAUUAGAAGUUGGAAUUGCCUGCGGCGUUGGUCUUAAUGUCAUGUUCAUAUUGUAUCACGCGGCCAGGCCCAAAAUUUCCGUCGAAAAAUUAAAGAGCCGUCGUGGCGUGAAUUAUCUGAUGUUGACGCCGGAUCGCUGCCUCAUUUUCCCUUCGGUAGACUACGUGCGCAACCUUGUGACAAAGUAUAGUCGUCGCCUGGGUAGCGAGUCAACACCCGUCGUCAUUGACUGCACACAUAUCUACGGCGCGGACUUUACCGCUGCCAAGGUAAUCGAGUCCUUGACGAAGGACUUUGCAGCUCGAGGUCAGCCGCUCUUCUUUUACAACCUCAAGCCCUCGGUGUUUGCAGUCUUCGAAGGAGUGGCACCUAAGGACUUCGUUGUUUAUUACACGGAAGAGGUUCUCGACGAUCUGCUUAAGGAGAGGGCGAGCCUCACUAAACAGACCCUACAGAACGUGAUCGUACCCUAGCUUAGGUUCCGCGGGUUUCCAUUCCGAAGCCCA